GUGCCCCCUUAUAUCAGAUGUUCCUAUCAGAGUCCUACUUUAUAUCACAGUCCCCAUCAAAGUGCCACCUUACAUCAGAGUCCCCAUAAGGGUUCCCCCUUACAGCAGGGUCCCCAUCAGAGUGCCCCCCUUAUAUCAGAUGUGCCUAUCAGAGUUCCCCCUUACAGCAGGGUCCCCAUCAGAGUGCUCCCCUUAUAUCAGAUGUGCCUAUCAAAGUUCCCCCUUACAUCAGGGUUCCCAUCAGGGUGCCCCCUUACAUCAGGGUCCCAAUCAGAGUGUCCCGUUAUAUCAGAGUCUCCAUCAGAGGGUCCCCUUACAUCAGGGUCCCCAUCAGAGUGCCCCCUUACAACAGGGUCCCCAUCAGAGUGCCCCCUUACAGCAGGGUCCCAAAAAGAGUCCCCCCUUACAUCAGGAGUCCCCAUCAGAGGGCCCCCUUACAUCAGGGUUCCCAUCAGAGUGCCCCCUUGCAUCAGGGUCUUAAUCAGAGUGUGCCCUUAUAUCAGAGUCCCCAUCAGAGGGCCCCCUUACAUCAGGGUCCCCAACAGAGUGCCUACUUACAUCAAGGUUCCCAUCAGAGUGCCCCCUUAUAUCAGAUGUCCCUAUCGGGGCUCCCCCUUACAUCAGGGUCCCCAGCAGAGUGCCCCCUUACAUCAACUAAAAUCUGCUCCCAGCACCCUCCUAGAU